AUGUCAACACCGGUUACAUUGGAGGACUUCUCCGAGCAGAUGCGCAACCUCGUCGACAACGAGGCCAAAGAAGCUGAGGAGCAGGAGCACCUCAGCAUCAUGCAGGUAAACGCUGCCACUGUCAUGGAGUCCGAUCUACGCGUCGCGUACAUGCGCCUUCAGACGAAGUACGUCCAGUUGCGUACCGAGUACAAGGCGCUGGAUCACGAGCUCUACCUCCUCCGCUUGGCGAUGUCCAAUGGCUCGAUCUCUACGACCGAGGCUGCGCUGAAUGACCUCAUCAAGGCCAUCUCUCGGAAGUACGCUAUCCUCAUUCGGAUCUGGGUCCCUAAGCUCCUGUUUCCCGCCGUCGCGAAACCCAUCGAUCCCGCCGAUCCCCAGAGGUGGGCCAAUGAGGACAUGCAGCUCCGCGGUCACAUCACCGAGCUCUUGAUGUUCCUGGAUGAGAAGCUUCGUUUGGCGGCAACUCAGUAUCCGCUGUUUGCUGAACAUGCAAGUGUCCCAGUCCUUUUUGGUGCAGGUGUAGAAGCCGAACGUGGAAACUGCGUCUCCACAGUCAAGGAGAACAUUGGGGGCAUUCUCAGCGAGUUCAUCGAGCUCGAUCACAACACGUGCAAGGACUCGAGCCUGCUCAUGGCUCACCCUGGCGUUAUCGCGCUUCGCAAGAACCCUACAGAGCCCAAGGUCGACUACCCCAAAUACCCGUCCGUUCUGUACCAGGAUCCCAACUUCCCUUGCAAGCAGGGCCUCUUCAGGUCUAGCGCAUUGAUCAAGGCUGCGAAGUGCAUCCUCUUCGGGCCGACUUCACUUGGAGUUCGCGGCGGCACCGGGGGACAUACUGCUAAGGGCGAUCUUUGGAGUCUCGAGUACCCAACUCCCGGCCUCAUUGCAUGUGUCGCUGUCCUGGUAUCGCACCGCGUAGGAGAGGACGACUCCUUCAAGUUGAAGAAGAAUCGCAGCGGGGUGUUCUGGCCGGCGCGGUUCGAUUUCUACUACAUGGCCAUGUGCUCCUCCGAUACGAAGGAUUGGUGGGACCCACUCUUCAAGUUCUGGGCCAAAGAGCUUUUCGGCAUCGAGAACGGGGCCCUGGCUGCUGCUUCGGGUGGCACGUUGUUGUCUGUGACGGCUGUGUCGGCCGUGGAUGAUGUUUUUGAGGAACUCAAACGCCCUGCGUCGCCCGGUUUCGGCAACGAUCUGCCUCCUCUUCCCCCUGUUUCCACAUCCGACUCUCCUCUGCCGCCGCAUUCUUCCUCUGAGUUUGCCUUGCCGUCUGUUUCGUCGGGCAUCCCCCCUUCCAUCUCGAGGUCCAACGGUGGAGCAGCGGUGCCUGCCGUGGCUCUUGAAGCUGAAUCUGCAUCCGGAGUACUCCAUCGCCACCUUGGUCUACUAUCGAUCAGCAGCCCCAGCUCCACUAAUCUGUCUACAUCCUCCGAGUCUAGCUCUGUGGCCUCGCUCGUGACUGGCACCCCUGUGACCACCCCCACCGUCCCGGUGGUCACUGCUCCCGUUCAGAACCCUCGUGCGCUGCGCCGGGGUCAGGCGGUUGUGUUCGAGCGAUCCGCUAGCGUUGGCACCACUCCAACCCCUUCCGUCAUCUCCGUUGUGGCUCCUCCGCCUGCGCCUGCCCCACCGGCUGCUCGAACCACUCGGGCUCGUACCGCAAAGGCCCCAUCGCCUUCUGCAACCGAGUCAGCUGAUGCCUCUGGUGCGAUCUCGGCCAACGCGGGAAGGGCUAGGCGUGCAGUGACUAAAGGCCAGGCUAUUGCAGGUGGUAAAUGA